CCUCUAUUUUAAUUAUUUAGUUCCAUAAUCUUUUCAAGAAAGGGACAUGUUGACCUGUUUUUAUUAUUAUUUUUAGCACAGCCAGGAAACAUGAAUUGAUUUGAAAAAAACUAAAAUGGUGAUAUUUAAUCUAAGAGUGUCAGGUUUGAUGACGUUGGUGUCCAGUUCUUUGACAUUUUGAGGACUUCUUUGAAAUAUAUAGCUUUAAUAGGUCUCUUGCAUUUGUGGGUUGAAACAAAUUUGUGAGUUAAUUUAAAUUGUUUUUUGACGUAUGUGUUAGCUUAUUGACAUUUGUGGUUAAAUAUCUGGGAUAUUAACACUAGUGUUUGAGAAAAAUUGUUAUGCUGGUUUGAAAAAAAACAAAAAAACAAUCAAAUUUCUGUCCAAUUCUUGGCCUUUACUUUUUUUUUUUUUUUUUGAAAAAUGCCCUGACAAACACACUUGGUUUCCAUGGUAAUCACAUCAGACUAGCGGUUUAUUAAAAUUUCCAUUCAUGCCCACGUUCACACUGAUGAUAAUAAGCUAAUGGAUUGUAACCACAGAUGUUAUAUCGUGCCAGCAAUAAACUCCAGCUAAAGGUGAGAGUAGUGUCUUGCUCAAGGACACAACAACAGAGUCGUACCAUCGCAGGGCAAACUCCUACCACUGACGCCACAGUAAUAAGCAUUAUAAGUGUGUGUGUAUUCGUUAAUGAUAGAACACUAAAACACUAGGCAACGAAUCGUGUAUAGUCGUAGUGAUCAUCACUUAAAAGCGCAGAAAAACAUAUUUCGUUUCCAUGGAUACGUUGGUGACAUUAUUUAAAAUGACUUCAAUGAAAAAUUAAGAAACACUUUUCAAACAUGUGCCUCCUCCUGUCUAGUAAUAGACUUUAAUAUAUGCGUUUAUUUUUCCUACAUGAGUGAAAAGAAAAGAAAAAAACAUUAUUUGAGUUGGUUAAAGUCAGCUUUGAUGACUUUGGUGUUCAGUUUUUGGAAAUUCCAACUCUGUGUAGGAAAAUAUAAUUUGCAGUUUUGGGGUGCAACAUAUUUGUGAGUUAAUUGAAUUUGUUUUGUGAUUUAUUUGCUAGUUAUUUGAAAUUCUGGAAAAUGUCAGUAAUGCUGACUGCAAUUGUUUUGGUUUGAAAGAAGUUUUGGAACCAGCUUUUUGAAAAAUGUUUGUGGUCUCCAUGGAUACAUUGAUUAAAUAACAACACUUAUUAUUCUUAGAAAAAAUCUUUAAAGAACAGUCAAUGUGUGCUGUUGAUUUCACAAAGUAACUAAAUGAUUUAGUUUAUUGUAAUUACUCAAGACCAGAAAAACAAUGUUUUGCUCCAUUGCAUUUUAGUGACGUAUCAUUUUCAUAAGUUACUUGAACAUUAACAGUGAAUGUUAAAAUUCGUUAGAAAAACAAUAAUCUCGGUUUCAGUUGGUCCGGUUGUGAUUAAUUUGUUAGUUAACAUUUUUGGUGGGAUUGUGGGCGUUUAACACUGCUUAUGUGGUUUAAAAAGUUACUUCUGGUUUUAGAAGUUCAGUUUUGUUUUAUUCAGAUCUUUGGAAUAAGAAGUCAAUGACUGGUCCAGGUUUCGGAAAAUGCCUCAAAAACACAUUUGGUCUCCUUAGAUACGUUGCUUAAAAUAAAAUCUUAAUACUUGAAUAUUAGAAAAGGUUUUAGAUAUAUAUUUCUCCUAAAUUAUUUCUAAGUAGUUUAGAUUUAAACUUAUUAUUGUUUAGUUUUAUUUUUCUAAGAGGAGUUUUGAAAAAUUAGUGAUUUAUGAAAUACUGUGUUGGUCCUUUGCAUAUUUGGUCCUGUAAUAUAUUUUCAUGCUGAUUGCGUUUUCAGAAAGAGUCAGCAAUAUUAACAAUGGUGUGGUGAUUGGAAAACAUUUUAUUUUAAUUUGAGAGAAUUACUUUUAGAGAAUCCAUUUUAUUGAUGUUUUUUGUCUCCAUGGAGAUGGUAAUAUUGAAAGAAGCAUUUGGAGCAAUAUAAUUGUGUGAACAUUCAUUUGAGUUUUUUGCUGGGUUGUGCGCAGCCAUAAUCUUCAGAUUGAUGUAAUAAAUUUAGAUAAGAGUGAUAAGUGAUAAGACUUUGAGGCAUCAUGGACACAUAAGGGAUGCAGAUGAUUAUUUUAAUUAUUUUGUCUGCCUUAUCUCCAUACAGAAUAUAAUGGCCAUUUUAACACUGAAUAUGUAUUUCUAAACUAAAUAAACAGUUUUAUUUUUGUAGGAGGGAGUCCCGGGAAACGGAGGAAAGGCCACUUAUGUCGGCCUGUUUAGUUAGAUCUCCAGUCCUUAAACUUAAUUAAUUUUACAGGUGUACAUUUCUGCUGUUGGCUGUAUGUGGGAGUAUGAAGGUAGUACUGAUGGGGUGUCAGACUAGCUGUCUUUGUGAUUGUGAAGAAUUGUGGAGCUCAAAGGAAUUUAGUUUAACUACAAUUAACAUUUUGGUAAUUUACAAAUGCAAUUGGAAACAUAUUUUUAAACUUUGAUACUUUUAAAGUAUUAAAGUUGUGUAAGCAGUGAUUUAAGUGUGAUAGUAAUGAAUUGAUCGCAUAUCUUAUCCCUAGCUAUUGUUAAGAAUGAUAAAAUGUACCUGUGCGUCAAAGAUUUGUGAGGAUGGGUUGUUAUUGAAGGGUAAACGGAGUAACUUGUUGCAGUUUUAUUCUCACUAAUGGUACAAUCUAAGAUUACAGGUGUUUAGCUGUCACAUUAUGUUUAGCUAUUAAAACGUCUUAAACACAGUAUAUAGCUCUUUAAUUGGUACCAAGAUGAAGCUGCAAGUUCGUUUGUCUGAGUGGCGAUGGUCCAUACAUGUUUGAUCAUUGAGUUUUAGAGUUUAUUGUUCUGGUUUUUAUGUAAAAUUUUAUUUUUUGCUGUUUUUUUGUGAUUAAAGAUAAGGAAUAUUUGUUUUAUCUCUUAAUUCCCAUCCUUAUUGUAUAAUCAAAUACAGUGGCAUAGCAAUAAUAUUGUUAAAUAUUGUUCUCAAAUAUAUUCAAGAAAAACAAGCACAUUUACAAACCUGGGUUAUUGCAUUGUUGGUAUUUCAGUGUUCCCUCUAAACAUUGCUUUAGACUUUUGUGAAGGUCUAGAUACUGAAUUAUAGCUUUUUUUCUUUGUUUCUUUCUUCACAGCCCCUACCAUGGCGCUUCCAGCAGAUGGAUCCCCAGUGUUGGAGGGACAUCCAGAUAAUGGUAAGGAUCACGGUAAGGUGUGGUCAAAUGAUGCCAACAUGGUUUCUGAAGACCACGGAGAGGGGUUGAGGUGUAGAUCACCUCCGCAGUCUGUGGACUGUCCUACCAGCUCCAGUAAAGACGAGGUAGGUAAUGCCGGUACUACCAGCUCCAGUGGUAGCUCUACGACCAGCUCAAGUGAAGACGAGGCUGAUAACGAAGACCAGGAUGACUUUAAAUCCCGACUUUGUUUUAUCAAGGUCCUUGUAGGAAAGCUUCAACAGUCAUUGAAAUCUGACAAGUUGAAGAUUGGUCAUCGGGGCUCCGCUGUGCACCGUGCCAGUGCUGCGUCACAGCUGCUUGAGAUUCGUCCCCCAAAUUUCAAAGACAUAGAAGACAUUGGGGUAGCUGGGAAGCCUCAAGAAGACACAACUCCAUGUACUUCACUUGAAUUCACAUCUAAAUUUGACAAAGAGGAAGAGCCCAUUUUGUGUCCAGAGAACUCCAGACCAAUAGGUACCACGCAGCAUCAUCAGGUAGGUUUGGAAAAGGACAGGGCUACUUUGACUUCCCGCCGCGCCAGGAGCAUUUCACAGAAGGUGGAUUCUGCGAAGGAAGACGACCUACCAUCAAAACUUAGUUUUGGUACAGUGCUUCCUUCCGGUUUUAAAUUCACAUCUGGACUUGACAAACAGGAAGAGCCCAUUUUGCGUCCAAAGAACUCCAGACCUAUCGGUACCUCGCAGCAUCAUCAGGUAGGUUUGGAAAAGGACAGGGCUUCUUUGACUUCUCGACACGCCAGGAGCAUUUCACAGAAGGUGGAUUCUGCGAAGGAGGACGACCUACCAUCUAAGCUUAGUUUUGGUACAGUGCUUCCUUCCAGCUUUAAAUUCACAUCUGGACUUGACCAACUGGAAGAUCCCAUUUUGCGUCCAGAGGACUCCAGUCCUGUUAGUGCCUCCCCACAACCUCUGGCAGGUUGGAGAAAUUUAGUGGCUUUUUGGACUGCCGGCCGCGCCAGGAGAACUACAAAGAAGGUGGAUGAUGCGAAGGAGGAUGACCCACCAUCAAAGUCUAGUGAUCAGGUAGGUUUGAAAGAGGACGUGGCUCCUGCAACAUCUGUGACCGGCAUAAGCGGAAAAAGGACAAAGGACUUUGAUGCUGAAGAGCAGUCCCAAGCCAAGAGGAGUAAGGACACUCUUGCUGAAGAGGAGCUCCCCAAAAAGUGGACCAGGGAUAGUGAUGAUGCUAAGCUGGAGCCCUCUGCCAAGAGGAUCAGGGAGAUUGAAGCCGAUGAUGAGCCCCCCUCCAAGAGGACCAGGGACACUGUUGCUGAAGUGAAACCCCCCUCCAAGAGUACCAGGGACAGUGUUACUGAAGUGAAACCCCUAGCCAAGAGGACCAGGAAUAGUAAUGAUCCUAAACAGGAGCCCUCUGCCAAGAGGAUUAGGGAGAAUCAAACUGAAGAUGUGCUUCCCUCCAAGAGAACCAGGGAUAGUGUUGCUGAAGAGGAGCCCCCGGCCAAGAGGACUAGAGACACUGCUGCUAAAGAGGAGCUCCCAGCCAAGACAACCGACUAUAGUGAUGAUCCCGGCUGGGACGACAUCCUGCAAAGAAUUGGCAGAAGGAUGGCAUGGAGAUAUGGUAAAGAAUGGGAGAACGAGCCCAUUCCGUCAACCCCUCUGUUCAUUGCCUACCGAAAGACAGACCACGAAGAUCCCAUUCUGUUAUCCCCUAUCCACAGUCCCUCACCAAGGACGUCGUGUGAGGAUCCUGGUCUGUCAUCCCCCGUCCUCAGUCCCUCUUAUAGAAUGGCAUGUAAACUUCCUGUUUUGUUAUCCCCUAUCCACAGUCCCUCACCAAGGACGUCGUGUGGGGAUCCUGGUUUGUCAUCCCCCGUCCUCAGUCCCUCUUGUAAAAUGCCGCGUGAACGUCCUGUUUCGUCAUCCCCUGUACUCAGUCCCUUACGAGGGACGAUGCAUGAGGAUCCUUUUCUCUCGUCCCCUGACGUCAGUCCCUCACCAUCGACGCAUUGUGAAGAUCCCCCCGUUUUGUCACCCCGUGUUUUCAGUCCCCCCAUGAUGCCAUGUGAAGAUCUCAUUCUGUCACCCCGCGUUUUCAGUCCUUCACCAUCGACGCAUUGUGAAAAUCCAACUUUGUCAUCCCCUGGCUUCCGUUUCUGGAUGGAGACUGAAAAGGACAUAGAAGAGGAACAAACACCUUCAACAUCUGGUGGAACUACAGCAAGAGAGAGUUCCAGACAUGUCUGGUUUAGACCUCGCUAUGUUUUGUCAAGUGACUCUGAUUAGAUUGGGAUCCUUAAAAACUGAAGACCUAAUUGGGAUAUCACAUCAUUUCUCAGUUUUUGAUUUUUUUUAUUAAAGCCUGUGGAAUCCUUAGGUAGCGCCUUGCACUGGAGUUUUCUUCUCAACUGCCCCAUGUUUCAGGGUGAAUUAGCGGUUCUUCCCCACGCGGUGCUCUUCGAUAUAGUAAAUUGUUCUAUUCUGUUCCUCCACUAAUCCACUCUCCAAGUUUUUAAUCUUUCAGGUUUUAGCUGCUCAUCGCUGGAUCCUUUCAUCAUCGUCGUCGUCCAUGUGGUUCUUGUCCUUCUGGACCCCUUGUUUUUCACACUGCUUGUUGGAUCUCCUCGGCCUGUAAACCUCCACCUUCAACACCACCAGUCAGAUAGAGGGAGAUAAGAGAAACCAGUUGAAAAAAAAAGUAAGAAAGCGUAUUUUCAUUUUAAAUUUGUAUGAAAUGAGGUCAAAUUUCAAAAUUGUUCUUCCUUCUGUCCACGUAUAUUCUAUUUGUUAACCCUGUUGUCCUUUGUCUGGAUUUCAUUUCUACGUCAACUCAUGUCACAUGACUUGAGUUGACCGACAAUUAAAGCAGAAGACCAGCUCCGCCUUGAAUCCUCCACCUUCAACACCACCAGUCAGGUGGAGGAAGAUAAGAGAACCCAGUUGGCAAAAAAAUUGACCAACAAUUAAAGCAGAAGACCUGCUGCUCCUGCUGAUCUACUGGUUGUAACAGAUUGUGGGAAAGCAUCACUGAGACAAGGCAACAACAGUGGACCAAUCAGGACAGAGAAGACAGAGAGGACUGAGGACUAAAACAAAAAUAUGAUUCCUGUCAAACACUCAGCCUCCUUCAUCGCUAUAAAACCUCCUCACCUCCACCACUGUCAGGGACAUAAACAUCCUGCAGCGACUGGAUGAGGUGGAUGCAGACACUCUGAAGGUCACACUGUGAGACUCGUUAUGUGGUCACCACACCGACCCCAACCAGAUCAGCCCAUCUUGACACGGACGUACGCGCUACACCGGAGGAAGCGAUUCGUGCCGUUUGGCUCAGAUUCAGGGUGUGAAGGUGGGCGAUGCGGGCCAGCAUCACUUCAGAUUUGAGACAGACCGACCGCUGGGGAGAUGGACCUCGCCUGACACCAUUACUCUGGAUGUAACAGCUCGACUCUCCUGUCAAUGACAACAUCAGUGACUCGAGAAGCAGACAGCAAGGUUUCUGGUGCCUGGCUGGAGACGAGAUUCUGAUUAUUCAAGAGCCAAAACAAAAUGUCAGAAUAAACAGUUAGAAGGCAGAUUUGUUUUCUAUUUGUUAUUGUUUUCAUUAUUAAUGGUCCACGUCACAAAAUUCAUCAGUGCUGUAACUCUUGAGUUUAAUAAAAUGUUCUUCUUU